AUGAUUCUACUACCAACACAACUUCCACUACUACUACUACUAUUUCCCCUCACCAAUAUCACAACAAUAAUCAUACAAUCCAACACAACAACAAAUACACACACCUUUUACACAACACCAACAAAACACUUCCCAUAUUGUUCCCUAUUUCCCAGACAAAAACAACAACAACAACCAGCAAAAUCAUGGCAAAAUUCUGGCAGCGGUGAUGGUGGUCUCAUUGAUCGUGGCAACGACAAUGAUGACGAUGAUCAUACUGGUGAUGUCGAUGAAGACACAGGUGAUGAACUGCCAGAUAUCACAAAAUAUCAACAUGGCAUCUUUGAUUCGGCCGCUCCGCCCAAAACGGAUCAAGAACAUUCCAAAACUCAUGAUAAUGAUGAUGAUGAUGAUUUCGAAGAGGAGGAAGAUUUCGAUCAUAAUCAACCAAUUGAUCAUGAUGAUGAUGAUGACGAUCAUGUCGACAAAACACAUUCCGAAGAUGAUGGCACUGAAAUUUAUACCGAUAAUACUGAUGAAUCUAGCACUGGAUCGUCAUCAUCGUCUUCGUCUACUACCGAAAAACGACGUCAGUUUUUUGUUUUCUAA